GUUUUUCAAAUCACUAAACUGCAAGAUUCCGGUGAUCUCCUCUUUUAUUAAACAAUAAUAGUUAUUUUUAUAUUUCUCCACGGUUCGCUGCUAUAAAUACGCGCUCGGAUUCCUGUCUCCAUUGCCUUGUUCUCUUGCGCUCUGUGUUAUAUUUUAUUCUCCGCUGUCAGAAGUAAUCCAUUCGCACGCAAAGGAAUCGAAUUCGAUCGCUUGAGCUCCGAUAGUCGCGAUGGGGCCGACGACCGACGGGGAGAAGCCGGAAAACGGGAGCGACCGCGGCGGGAUCGGGGCCGUUGAAGCCGUGUCGACCGCGGUGGCGGAGAUAGCGGGGCUGCCGGAGAGCCGGGGCCCGUUGAGGAGGCUCUGCUGCGAUCUCGCCCGGCGGGUGAAGCUCCUCGGCCCACUCUUUGACGAGCUCAGGGACGGCGGUGACGGUAGCGGCGGCGGCGGCGGCGGCGGCUCCCUUGGAGAGUUCCAGGCCCGAGCCCUCGCCUCGCUCCAUGGCGCUUUGGUGGAGGCCAAGGAUCUCCUUGUCUCCGUUGACGAUGGGAGCAGGCUCUCUCAGGCUCUGCAAAGGGAACAAUUUGUAGGUAAAUUUCUAGAGGUGACCGAACAUAUUGAGAAGGCACUGAGUGAAGUAUCCUAUGACAAGCUUGAUAUAUCUGAAGAAGUUAAAGAACAGAUUGAACUUGUGCAUGCCCAGUUUCAAAGAGCAAAAGGAAAAAUUGAUCCACCUGAUCUUCAACUUCUCAAGGACUUGAAUUGGGCACUUUGUGAGAAGCACUGUGACCCUAUUGUCCUCAAAAGAAUAUCGGAGAAGUUACAAUUGACAACCAUAAAUGACAUGAAAAAGGAAUCAGUUGCUUUACAUGAAAUGGUAAUUUCUAGUGGUGGAGAGCCUGAGGAAUGCUUGGAAGAAAUGUCAUCCUUGCUAAGGAAGCUUAAAGAUUGCGUAAUUGUGGAAAAUCCAACUUCUGAUACGUUUGAAAAUAAAACAAGCUCUGUGAAGCACAGAUCUCCUAUAAUUCCAGAUGAUUUUCGGUGCCCAAUUUCCCUUGAGCUGAUGACGGACCCUGUCAUCGUCUCCACAGGGCAGACCUAUGAGAGGUCUUGCAUCCAGAAAUGGAUUGAUGGUGGACAUAAAACUUGCCCCAAGACACAACAAAACUUGUCUCAUACUGCUCUUACCCCUAAUUUUGUCUUGAAGAGCUUGAUCGCACAAUGGUGUGAUGCCAAUGGCAUUGAACUGCCAAAGAAACAAGGCAAUUGCCGAGACAAGAAGCCAGGAAGUCAUUCUGACUGUGAUUUUCCUGGUAUCAACUCACUGUUGCAGAAAUUGAAGAAUGGGAACCAAGAUGAGCAGAGAGCAGCUGCUGGUGAACUGCGGUUGCUCGCAAAAAGAAAUGCAGACAAUAGAGUAUGCAUUGCUGAAGCAGGUGCAAUUCCAUUUCUUGUGGAACUCCUUUCAUCUCCAGAUCCUAGAACACAGGAGCAUGCAGUUACAGCACUCCUGAACCUCUCAAUCAAUGAUAGUAACAAGGGCCAUAUUGUCAAUGCCCGUGCAAUACCAAGGAUAGUUGGUGUGCUACAAAAUGGGAGCAUGGAGACAAGGGAAAAUGCUGCUGCUACACUUUUUAGCUUAUCAGUUGUAGAUGAAAACAAGGUGACAAUUGGGGCAGCUGGUGCCAUUCCUGCACUCAUCAAUCUGCUAUGCCAAGGUAGCUUAAGAGGUAAGAAAGAUGCAGCAACUGCAUUAUUUAAUUUGUGUAUCUACCAGGGAAACAAGGUGAAGGCUGUAAAAGCUGGGAUUGUGGAACACCUGAUGAGGCUUUUAGCGGAUCCCAGUGGGGGUAUGAUGGAUGAGGCACUUGCGAUAUUGGCAAUACUUGCAGGAAAUUCAGAUGGCAAGAUAGCAAUUGCACUGUCAGAACCCAUUCCUGUCUUGGUGGAGGUGAUGAGAAGUGGAUCCCCUCGAAAUCGUGAGAAUGCUGCUGCAGUGUUAUGGUCACUAUGUACUGGUGAUGUGCAGCAACUGAGAGCUGCAAGAGAAUUUGGUGCAGAAGAGGCAUUGAAGGAGCUCACUGAGACAGGGACAGAUCGGGCCAAAAGAAAAGCUGGAAGCCUUCUAGAGCUAAUGCACCAGACUUUGGAGGCUUAAGGGUGGUUCAACCUGCAAGCAAAAGCGAUUUUUGAUGCUUUCAUACAAGGAUUCGACUUUCUUAUCAGGAUAUCGCCUUACCAAAUAAGAUCUUUCCGCCUUGGCCAUUGUAGAAAAGCAACAAAUGUGUAAUGAUCAACUUCUGAUUUCUUAUUCUCAGUUAUUUGAGUUGUAUGUGAAGUUUUCAUAUAGUUAAUAUGUGGUGUCAAAUCUUGCUGUAGUUAAUGCUUAGAACUGUGAUACUUGAAUGACUGCACACUUUUGUAAAUUAUGUCAAACUGAGAGAGACAUCAAGUGGCAGAUCUUUCAUUAUGGCUAGAGUGCAAAAUUACUCACUGCUCUUACGGUGACUAGUCCCAGCAGGAGACAUGCCGAUCUAGUUCAAUUUUGGCAUACCAUUGAAUUGAAUUUGGUCAGAAAUUGGUAU